AUGCAUAACAGAACAACCUCCUCCACGUCUGUCGGUUUCGACCAUGUGUGUUUUGAUGAAUCCGAUCCAGAAACGGAUACUAUACAAGAAGAUGAGGGGCAGUCACACCGCAGAGUAAAGCCUUAUCGCUCAUUCAACGUCUUCAAGGAUGUAGGUUACCAUCUUUCUUCCCUCGCCACAAUGCUCAUCUUCAGCCAGGUGGCCCUGGGCACAAACGCCUUCAGCUUUUGCCUGCAGGUCCAUCCCUCUGGUGGACUUGCGCAGUCUCCAAGUCCGGUAUAUCACACAUGGCGCAUUCCAUGGUAUCGACAGGGGCUGUAUCUCCCGGCAUCAUUCGACCUUUACGCGGGCGGUAAUGUGGUGCAUAGUCGGAAAGACCCAUCUCCCGAGCCUCAAGAUCACCGCGCUCAUAUUCACUACCGUGGCUUCGAGGGACUGCUGAGCCUGCGUGCCACGAUUGAUCUAUUUCGUCCGGCAGGCGGCCCAAAUGAGCCAACUAGCUCUUCGGUUCUUGCUAAGCACUGCUCAGUGGAAUUAUCUCGGAAAGGGUUUGGUAGGACAUAUCGUGUUGAUAUCAUCCAUGCCGAGACUUUGAGAACCUUCUACUGGAAGGGAUCAAAGUCAGCCUUGUCUCUGCUAGAGACCGAAGAUAACGAAGCUGUCUCCAAUGCUGGAAAUGGUAAUCUGAAGUUCUUUGAUGCGGACAAGCCAAAUGAUGUUCUUGCGGUAUGGCAGAAUAGGACUGAUCGUCAAAUUCUCGGCUCUUUGAAUGUGAUAUCCGAUCUGGACGCCGACACUGAUGGGGUGCUUGAAGGGUUGGUUGCUAGUUGUCUAGCUGUCGUGGUUGCAGAAAGAGUUUCUGGGCGAGGAUGGCUAGGCGGUUUAGGAAAAUCCAAGGGUUUUUGA